AUGAAGCCCAUUGAGCUCGACGGCAGAACAGGCGAAGGAGGCGGCCAGCUCGUGCGACUUGCCGUCGGCCUCGCCGCUCUCACCUCUCAGCCCGUGACAAUCACCAAUGUCCGCGGCAAUCGCCAGGGCGGUCGCGGCGGCGGUCUCAAGAGCCAGCACGUCACCUCAAUUGCGUGGCUCGCCUCCGUCACGGACGCGCAGACGACGGGCCUCUCCGUGGGUUCCAAGACGCUGACCUUCAUCCCGCGGCGGUCGCCUUUGCAACUCGCCUCAGAAGGAGGGAAACGGAAAUAUAGCAUCUCGGCUGAGUCGGACGCCGCAAGCGCGCUGCUUGUGCUCCAGGCCAUCUUCCCCUACAUCCUGUUUGCUAGCGCCGAAGGAGACGAGCCUUUGGAGCUGGACAUUUCGGGCGGAACCAACGUGGCGUGGUCGUUGAGCUACGAAUACUUUGACCAGGUGCUUAUGCCGACGCUAGAAGAGCGCUUCGGAGUCCAGGUCGAGAGAGAACUGCGACAGCGCGGAUGGAGCUUGGGGUCCAAGUCGAGGGGAAACAUCUGGCAACGAAUUCAUCCUGUACCGCAGGGCCAGAAGCUCCGGUACGUGCCGCCACCAGCGUACACAUACCCGGACUCGUACCGCGUCGAGCGCGUGGACGUGAGCAUCAUCGUGCCGCAGUGGGCGCACGAGAUGCUGCAGAGCAACGUGGUGAGAGAUCUCGGCACCCUCUUCCCGGACGCCGACGUGCACUUCAAGCUCCUCGAGGACUCGCGCGACGACGCGCGGUGGUCGGUGCUGCUGGUGGCGCAGUCGACGGCAGGCAUCCGGUGGGCGAGGGACGUCCUCUGGUCGAUGCCCAAGAAGGCCAAGUCGAGGGACGUGCUCGUAUCGCAGCUGUCGCGAGCGCUUUGCAAGCGUCUCUACGAGGAGGUCGAGCUGGGCGGCACGGUGGACGAGCACUUGCAGGACCAGGUUGUGUCGUUGCAGGCGCUGGCCGAGGGGCCCUCGUCGUUUCCGCGACAUGACGACGGGCACGGUGCCGAUGAGCGAUACGUGGACAAGGUGAUAGACGGGGUGGCCAGUUUGAGUGUCGGCGCAAAGCUACGAAAGGAGAAGACGCACGCGCCUUUCGGGCAUGGAUCAGGGCACACGCAGACGGCACGGUGGGUCAUUAGUGAGCUGCUUCCCAAGAGCGAGUUCUACAACAAGGGCGACGUUGUGCGGGGGGUUGGCUUUUCGCUCUAG